GUCGUGCCUCUCGCGGGGCGGAGAGCGCUUCCCUGUCAAGAUGGCGGCUCCUUUGACGCUGCUGCUGCUCGUGGCUGUUACCCUCCGCGCUGCCCUCUUCAGGGCCGGGCUGACGGAGCUCAUCUCGGGGAGGGUGGAGGUGGUGUCGCCGCUGACCGCCUGGAAGAGAGUGGUUGAAGGUUUGGCUCUGCUGGAUUUGGGCGUCUCACCGUACUCUGGAGAUGUUUUCCAUGAGACUCCUCUCAUCAUUUACCUCUUCCACUUCCUGGUGGACUAUGCUGAGAUAACAUUUAUGUUAGCAGAUGUGAUCACUGCUGUGGCACUUUACUUGGCAGUGAAGGACUACAACAAACAAGUGUUCAGAAAACAGAAAUCUGCUUUGGACGCCGACCGCUACCCCCUCGACUGUCUGGAGCUCAUCAGGAGCCCCAAGGAAAUGUACUACAUCCCCCUGAAAGUAGCCAUGUUUUAUCUGUUGAACCCAUUCACCAUCCUCUCCUGCGUCGCCAUGUCAACCUGCGGCCUGAACAACGCCGUCAUCGCCCUCUUCAUCCUCUCUACGAUAAAAGGAAAUGUUUUGCUUAGUGCCAUAUUUCUGUCCCUGGCUACGUAUCAGUCCAUCUAUCCUCUGACUCUGUGCGCUCCGGCUCUGCUGUAUUUGAUGCAGCGACAGUACAUCCCUGUGAACUUUCGACGGGCCGGCUUCUGGUGGUUUAUCGCACAGUACGCCUUCAUGUACCUGGGCAGCCUGUUCGUCAUCGUCGGCCUCUCCUUCUUCCUGCUCGGCUCCUGGGAUUACCUGCCCUCCGUCUACGGCUUCAUUCUCUCAGUUCCAGACCUGACCCCCAAUAUCGGCCUCUUCUGGUAUUUCUUCGCCGAGAUGUUUGAACACUUCCGCCUCUUCUUCCUCUGCGUCUUUCAGAUCAACAUUUUCUUCUACACCAUCCCGCUGUCCAUCAAACUCAAGGAGCAUCCAGUGUUUCUGAUAUUCAUGCAGUUGGCUGUGAUCUCCAUCUUUAAGUCUUACCCCACAGUGGGAGACAUCGCUCUCUACAUGGCCUUCCUCCCUGUCUGGAGUCACCUGCACAGAUUCUUGAGGAACAUCUUCCUGGUGUCCUGCGUCCUGUUGGCCUGUUCCGCGUUGUUCCCGGUUCUCUGGCACCUCUGGAUCUACGCCGGCAGCGCCAACUCCAACUUCUACUACGCCAUAACGCUCCUGUUCAAUGUGGCCCAGAUUCUGCUGGUGUCUGAUUAUUUCUAUGCCUUCCUGAGGAGAGAGCACCACCUCACCUACGGGCUGUACCUGAAGAGGAAAGAUGGCUCUGAGGCGACGCUGGUGCUCAAAUGAAACACCCACUCACUCACAUCCUCGGCCUGAGAGGAAGAAACUGCUCGACGUCUCACUUUCCCUCAAAGCGGACGAACACAAAGAAAAGACUUCUAAAGCCGAACUGGUUCUCAGACAGAACAUCGACCUGCGUGCAGAACGUGUGUCUGGUACAAAUUCAUAUGCAAACAACAGAACUACAUCAUACAACGGACUCAUGCAGAUGUUGGAUGUGGUGAAACAUCUCCACCCUCUUUACUCUUUCACUUGUGUGAAAGCUUCAGUCCACCUGGAUCCUACAAUGCUUUUAUUUUGAAGUCUCCUCUUUGGUUGCAGCCACUCCCGAAGAGUUUUAUUUUGAAGUAGUGUUUAUCCUGCAGCUCCGUCCUGGACAGCUUUUAUUUUGAAGCACCAACUCCCAUGCACUGUCCCUCUGCAAGGCUUUUACUUUGAAGUAUUGUUCCUCUUUCAACACUUAAGAAGAAAAUUGUAAAAAUGUGGUAAACUGCUGACAUGAUCAUUCCUGAUAAUUUACAGCUCUCCCACACACAUUUUCUUUUUGUGUUCACACUGGAACUCAUACGCGGACAGGAUGAAGAAAUCUUUUAUUUUGAAGGGUUUUGUCUGGAAGCCUCUUUCAUCUCUUUCAUGUUUCUCACAUUGUUUGCACUGUUUGUUUUUCUCUCUCAAGGUUUCCUCAUUAAUUAACAAACUCUAGAUCGUCAAACUCACCUCAUCGUGGUACAUAAACCGAAACACUACCGGGGGCAGUGAUCGAACCACACACACACACACACACACACACACACACACACACACACACACACACACACACACACACACACACACACACACACACACACACACACACACACACACACACACACACACACACACACAGAGAUUCAUCACUAAAACCCAGAUUUUUCUCUUUCUAGUUUACCGUGAGCGCGUCGGACAAAGACGACAGUGAAUGUGUCUUAAAUAAAUAAAGUGCUUCAGAAUCUGUGGAGAGAAGAAACAGAUUUUAGUUUUCUGGACCAAGUUAAAGAAACUGGUUCUGCAGCGGCCUUGUGUUUACCACUCGUCAAAAUUACAGCUUUGUAGCAUUAGAGUUUUGGCUCAUAAUGUGCCAACAAACAUAACUAAUCAUUUAUUUGUUUUUAUUUGUUAUUGGGAAACGUUCAUAUCAGAAACAUUUUCUCCCUCAGUCGACACAACCUCAAAAACGUCUUGAUUUAAACACUAUCAUUUCCAUUUCCACAACACUAACUCCAUCAUUAACGUAAGAGUCAACUCUUCAGAGCCGCUAAAUUCCCGACAGGUGAUGUUUUUUAUCUUGUCCUCAGAAGAUAUUAACUUGUGCGUAAAGAUAAUUUAAUAAAAUCUCUUACAAGGUUUAUUUUCACUUUAGAAUGUCAUAUUAUAAAAUCCUUGCUGCUCUUCUACAGACACGCGAUUAACUUCAUAUUUAGGUCAUUUAUCUUGUGAGCACAAGAUAAGAAAAUCUCACCUGUCUGGACGGACGGGACUUUUAUUGUGGCCCACGUCGUUCAAACUGCUCAUUUGUUCCAGCUGAAGGUCAUCGUGGCGUUUUGAUACCAAUCCGUGAAAAAUAAGUUGUGAUAUUUAUUUAUUUCCUGCACUGAAAACUUUGCAAUGAGAUUUCAUUUUUUCUUUUCUUUGUUUUUGUUAUCUGAGAUCAAAUCAGGAACUCUUCGGUUUUUGAUACUGUAAAUACUAAUGUGAUUUGUUUUGUUACAGAUAUUUAAGUGCAGGCGUGAAAGGGAUGAUGGUAAAUUUGAUGAAUGAAUGACCAUGAUGUCACAAAUGAUGAUUAUUAAACUUGAGGUGUUGGUUUA